AUGAGCGGGGUAAGAGAUGAAGCGUUUGAAGACAAAGGACCGGCUGUGAACUACUUAGAUGCCAACUAUUUUCAUGCUCCUGCCUCUCAAAAUCGUGCGUAUGACUGCGUUUCUUCUCCUGCUGAUAACAUAAGGAGAGAUGCUGCUGAGGAUCAAGGGUUGCGUAAGGACCAUCUGGGUCUGGAAGAAUUUUCUGGUUAUAUAUUUAUGUGUAAUGGAAGAACAAAACCAGAAUGCUACCUGCACCGUGUUUUUGGACUUCCCGCUGGAAGAAAGGAAGUUAUAGAGAAGAUUAGGCCAGGCAUGAAGCUGUUUCUAUUUGAUUAUAAUGUGAAGUUUCUUUAUGGGGUAUAUGAAGCAACCACUGCUGGAAAGUUGAACUUGGAAAGAACGGCUUUUGGUGGAAACUUUCCUGCACAGGUGAGAUUCAAAAUUUACAGGGAAUGCCUCCCCUUGCCAGAGAGUGAUUUUAAACAUGCUAUACAAGAUAACUACAAGAGAGGCUCCAAUAAGUUUAAUACAAUUCUCAAUAGCCAACAAGUGAGCCAUUUGUUAUCACUGUUUCAUCCUAUUACCAUGCAAUCAUCCACCCAAAACGACAGUUCCUAUAUGAAGGAUCAAUUUCGGACCAGUGCAAGGCUGCCUUCUUCAGGCAGUACAUACUUUAGUUCAAUGCAUUCCAGUUACACUCCACAAGUGUUAGUGCCUCAACAUGUUCCACAGGGAGUCCAUCAGCAGUGGGAUAGUAGUGGAUCCACAGGAAACAUGGGAAUUGUCCAUUAUUCUGUGGGUUCACAACCAAUAGUGCCGGCUCAGCCUACGAAGGAUCAGUUUCAGUCCUCAGCAAGCCUGCCUUCCCUGAAGGAUCCAAAUGCAGCCUGGGCUUCACCAAUGUUCGACCCUCAGUCUAUUCAACCGAGCGUCUUACACCCACAAUAUGUUAGUUAUGGAUACGCAACGAACAUGGGCUACUUUUAUCCCGCUGUGCAACCACAAGCUAUGCCAGCUUCAAGUCAGACAUAUUAUUCUGCUGAAUUUGGGCAGCAUCACUUGGCUGAAGUAACUGCCCAGCCAGCACCCCAAUCAUAUGAAAGCUAUUACAGGGAUGAGGCUGCACAGGAUAUGGUUCCUGCUUAUCAGCACAUGGGCUUCGGGCAUGGUUACAAUCAGUCACCUCUGCAGACGAAUAGGGAAACUAUUUUACAGCAGGAGAAUGCUGCUGAACACCACAAUCUCCACCAAGUGCCUACAGCCCCACAUGCUCCACCAUCUAUACAACAACAUACGUUCACAUCAGAACAGCCUGGGCUUGCAGCAGGGACAGUUCCGAUGCCGUUGUGGAAUUCCUGGACAGGGGCCAGUUCAACAUAG